UUUAUAUUUUACUUAAAUUACCACUUCGCUGAAUUUCCCUUUCUCUAGACAAUUGAACCGAUAAACAGAUAAAAUAUUUAUAAUUAUUAAACUUUCCAAUAAUACAAAUAAAUAAUGGUGUGGAAUUGUGUAAUUGUAAAUUGUUGUGUUGAACCCUUUACACAUUGGGGUUUACAUAAGAUAGAGAGACAAAUAUAGAUAAUUAAUCUAGUGUAAUAUUCUGUUUUAAUGUAUUUUAAGCGAAUUUUGCGUAGAAGGCACUGGGAGCUCUUGAAGAAGGAGUUGGUUGACACCUUCUCUAAUCAUUCUCGUGACACUUCCGUGACUUUGGAAGUUUUGCCAUGGCCAAAAUUUGUUCAGAAGGAACAACUACUAUCUGAGGGUUUAGUUCCAGCUCUAAUCACUGAUUCCGGGCCACUCAGAAAAAUUUGCAUUAAAUCACAUCUGAUUCAAAAAUUGGCUUUCGAUGAAGCUUAUGCACAUCUAAGUUACCUUUUCACUGGUAGACUCUAUAAUCUUUUGGUUCAAAAUGAUGGUAAGGAUCAGCAUACUGAACACUCUGAUGAUAAUGUUCCUGAGAAGUGUGUAAUAAGUGAGGUUAAUAGUGAUCCUGUUGAGAAGGUGAUUUACUUUAUAAAGUUUAAGAGACAUAUUGAAGGUAGAAUAACAGAAGUUAAUAUACCUUGUACCAUUACCGGCUUAUUUGCUUCUCCAGCUUAUCUUAAAGGAUAUCAUGUGGAAUUGAUGAUGCCUACUAUAAAGUGUGAAGUUGUUGGUAAGACAAUCCCACCUCCAUUUCAAAUUGACGUUUCGUCUCUCGACUACACACACCCAUUUAGUUCGAUUUACUUGAAGGACAUCUUACACCUUUUACCUUCUGACGACUCUGUGUUUUUCCACAGAGAUUAUGACUUGGAUAGUCAGGAAGUGGUUUGCACUUAUUUACCCGGAACUUUACCCGAGCAGCCUCUUCCGACAGAUUAUAUUGAUCCAAAUUUUAUUAAUAAAAAGGGGAAACGUAUACAUUUAACUUACAAAGGAUACUGGCCUAAACAAUAAUUCUCUUGAUUUAUUCCUAAAACUCAACUCAUUAUUUAAAUUUCAGCCUAUUUACCAUUUUAAACUGUCAAAUUAUUUUUAAAAUUUCCACAAAUAAUCUAAAGUUUUAUAUAA